GUCGUGCACCCCUCAGUGGUAAUUUGCUAUCGAGAUGCUAUCGAAGUGGUCAUGUGCUGUUGUUCUGACACUAUCAGUUAUUGUUGGUGUGGCUUUGACAAAAAAGAAGAGCCCUCAGAUCGAAAACAACUCACCUCCCAAAAGCUCGAGUGGAUCGAGUAGCAGCAGCAGUAGCAGUACCACCACCAGAAAGCCACCAAUUACAAUAAUCGACGACAUUGAUGACUUGUUGGUGCAGGCCACCGGAUGGGGUGGUGGAGGAAACGGAGGAGGAGGAGGAGGGUGGCCAAGCCCCGGUGGAAAUGGCAAAGGAGGAGGUGGAGGAGGUCAGUCACUGCAAGUGCAGGCGAUUCCAGUGCAGAUUAGCAUCAUGCCAUCGAUGAUGAAUGGAGGGAAUGGCAAAGGGGGAGGUGGGGGAGGAGGCUGGCCUGCUCCCAGUGGAGGAGGAUGGCCCAGUGGCAACGGAAAAGGAGGUGGUGGAGGAGGAGGAGGCGGAUGGUCCAUGAAUGGCGGAGGAGACAAAGCAAAAGGAGGUGGAGGAGGUAAAUUUAUAAAAUUUUGCGAAGAUGUUCAGUAG